AUGGUGGAAUUCAAGGCAGGGCGUGCUGAAAUCUAUUACAGUUCUUGUCCAGUCAAUCAAGAUGAUUGGGUUAUUGUGGAAGCUGAUCGCGGUAGAGAUUUAGGCAAAGUGGUAGCUAAAGAUUUACCUUUGGAUCAAUCUUCACAAUCGACUUCAGUAUUGAUAUCAGAUCAUCCUCCUUCCCCUUCGGCUUCAUCAUCAUCUACUUCCUCAUCCUCUUCAUCUUGCUCCUCAUUACCAUUACCGAAACAGAUUUGUCGUCUUGCCACUCCUUCAGAAAUUACAUUGUUAGUCACCAAGCGUCAUGAUGAACAAAAGGCCCUCUUGAUUUGUCAAACUAAAAGCAAGCAAAAGAAUUUAUUAAUGGAUAUUGUCGAUGCUGAAUACCAAUGGGACCGUCGCAAAUUGACCUUUUACUUUAUUGCCGAAAGAAGGGUUGACUUUAGAGAAUUGGUUAGAGAUUUAUUCAAGAUUUACAAGACAAGAAUCUGGAUGUAA